GUUAUCAUGGCCCAGUCCUAACUGGAUCCAACCGGUUUUUCCUCCUAUUGGCCACUCCAAGGACAAUGUCACCUCAGGCUGUUUUCCACCCUUGCUAGGACUGUACCAUAUUUUCCCGCCACUAAAGACAGGAAGGGACUGAGCUCCCAGCCGAGUGGCGCAGUCCAUCCCAGUGACUGUGUGCGCGGCUCAGGCCUGCCCAGCACGUUCUGCCCGAAGUGACGAGCGAGGGAAGGAGAUUCCAUCGAACCCGCUCCAGCUCCUGGACUCGAGUGGACGUGACAGGAGGUGAAGAUGGCUCCAUCCGGGUUGAAGGCAGUGGUGCGUGAGAAGAUCUUCAGCGUUGUCUUUCGCAGCGUGAAGAAGGAAGGAGAAUGGAAGGUGCUGAUCAUGGACCACCCGAGCACGCGCAUCCUCUCGUCGUGCUGCAAGAUGUCCGACAUCGUGGACGAAGGCAUCACACCUGUGGAAGAUAUUGAUAAGUGCCGGGAGCCAAUCCCCAGCCUGGAGGCCAUCUACCUGCUCAGCCCUGUGGAGAAGUCGGUGCAGGCUCUGAUCAGUGACUUCCAGGGCACCCCCACCUUCAACUACAAGGCGGCUCACGUCUUCAUCAGCCAAGGCGAGAACUCGGCGUGA